CCACUUUUUGUGGCGGCGGUGGUGGGUGUCUCCAGAGUCCACCGUACGGCGGCUCAGGGCCUCACUGCACUCGUCGUCUUCCCCACUUCCCGCCGUCGUGGAGAGGAGGCCUGCGGCUUCCGCCGCUUCCGGAAGGCUCGGCCCCUCGUUAGCCGGUUCGGAGGGAGCAGGCUCGGCUGUGCCGCGAUGUUCUCCAGGAUCUCCCGGCUCGGGGCGCGGCUCCUGCGCGAGACUAGAGCCGAGACGAGAGCUGGAAAUUUGCCUAGCAGUCGAGGCAGUUUCUAUCAAGGUCAUGACAGCCGGCAUUUGACCCCAGUGGUUAGUCCUACUGUACUACCGUUGAGGAACAUCCUCUUUUCAACUGCAACAAGUAGUGGUGAUCAUGAUGAAAGCAGUCAGGAGAAGGAGAAAAUCUCGGUAACAUUUGUAAACAAGGAUGGCUCAGAAAAGACGAUCAGUGUUCCAGUUGGAAUGUCCAUGUUAGAGGCCGCUCAUGAAAAUGACAUAGAACUUGAAGGAGCAUGUGAAGGUUCACUUGCGUGUUCUACUUGUCAUGUCAUAGUUAUGGAUGUAAAAUAUUACAACAAGUUAGAAGAUCCAGCAGAUGAAGAAAAUGAUAUGCUUGACCUUGCAUUCGGGCUCACAGAAACAUCGCGACUUGGCUGCCAAGUGAUAGCCAAGCCUGAACUUGAUGGCAUGCGACUGGCAUUACCUGCAGCCACACGAAACUUUGCGGUAGAUGGCUAUGUACCAAAGCCACACUGAAGAGACUUAUCAUCUAUGAGAACACGGAUUCUUACAGCAGAGUCAAUUUUGUAGCUUACAAUGUGUAACUUAACUCUAGCCUUAUUACUGAAAGUCCCGAUGGUUCCUGAUCCUUUGUUCAUUGAUGAGUUAUCACAUACGGAGAUCGUUGUUUCAUUUGGUUGAAUAAGCAUCCUUCUUCUGUA